GAAGGGUUUAGUCGGCAGCAAGAUACGGCGUCGCAUUCAGUCAGAUUAAAAUGCUAAUCUACAAUUUCUGAAGAUUGGAACUUCUGUGAGCUACCACUCCCAACGCGGCCAUGACCAACCUCAUAGGAUUCAAGACCUCAAUAUCCACUGCUAUCUUUCCAUUCAACGCAGAAAUACCAAAAUCUCCCCCCAAAAUUUCAACCAUAUCCCCAUCUCCCACCCCCAGGAAACCUACAAGAACAUCACCCACCAUCUCCGCAACCAAGAUUUUGGCCAGCAGUGUUUCCUCUGUACCAGUAGAGGAGCAACAAGUUGAGGUUGAAAUUGCAGAUGGGUACACAAUGACCCAAUUUUGCGACAAGGUUAUUGACAUGUUCUUGACUGAGAAACCCAAGGCCAAGGAUUGGAAGAAGUACUUGGUGUUCCGUGAAGAGUGGAAAAAGUACAGGGGUAGGUUCUACACUCGGUGUCAAACCCGAGCUGAUGCCGAAGUAAAUGAUCCUGCCAUCAAAGAAAAAUAUAUUACUUUAGCAAGAAAAGUUAAGAAGAUUGAUGAUGAAAUGGAUAGGCACGAGGACCUUCUCAAAGAGAUACAGGAUAGUCCUAGGGAUGUUAAUGCCAUCGUUACCAAGAGGCGCAAAGAGUUCACUGGUGAAUUCUUUCGUUAUCUGACUUUGUUGUCAGAAACUUAUGAUAGCUUGGAGGACCGAGAUGCUAUGGCCAGGCUUGGAGCAAGAUGCUUAACUGCAGUCAGUGCUCAUGAUAACACACUGGAGAUUGUGGAGACACUAGACACCGCCCAACAAAAAUUUGAUGACAUCCUAAACUCUCCUUCACUUGAUGCAGCAUGUGAGAAGAUUAAAAGCUUUGCGAAGACAAAAGAACUUGACUCUUCAUUGAUUCUAUUGAUAAACGGUGCUUGGGCGGCGGCUAAAGACUCCACCACCAUGAGAAAUGAGGUAAAAGACAUAAUGUAUCACCUGUACAAGACCACUCAGAGUAGUCUAAGGAGUAUGGCACCAAAAGAAAUAAAACUACUUAAGUAUUUGCUCAACAUCAUAGAUCCCGAGGAAAGAUUCUCUGCAUUGGCUACAGCUUUUAGUCCUGGCGAUGAACAUGGAGCUAAAGACCCAAGUGCUAUAUACACAACUCCCAAGGAGCUACAUAAAUGGAUAAAAAUCAUGUUAGAUGCAUACCACCUCAACCAAGAAGAAACUGAAAUUAGGGAAGCAAAACAGAUGAACCAACCUGUUGUUAUCCAAAGGCUUUGCAUCCUGAAGGAAGUCAUUGAAGAGGAAUACUUGGAGCAACAAGUUAAUGCAGAAAACGACUCAAAAUCAGAAGAGUUGUGAGGUACAACUAGUAGUAUCAAAUAUGACUACUUUGCCCUUGAUGUCUAGCUUAUGGUGAUCAAUUAUUGCCUAUGUCCAUCCACAUGCAGGCUUAGUAUACCCAGUCUAGACCUUUUGUACAGUUGAUCAAUGAUCGUUAUGGAAAUAUCAAACCCAUAAGUUAAUCAAUCAUUUUCUCAAGUUUUUCAUUGUUCCCUGAGGCGGCCUGAGCUUAUUCUCUUGUUACUUCCUAUAGCCUAUGUUAAUUGUUACCCGGCAUGAUUAAGGUGAAUGUGCAUGAUGAUAUCAUGAAUCCUUGGCAUGUUGACUCAUGAUCUGUAAAAUGUUAUUGGCGUGAUUAUCUGAUAGUGCUAUGUGCUUGGAUUUCGUGUGA